AUAUCGUCCCUAACGCACACAGAGAUGAUCCUUUGUUCUAAUUCCCUUCUCCGCUCGCACAUCAACAGUCCAUUUAUUGCAGCGGUGUUCCGGCAUUUGGAGUGGUUAACUCCGUCCAUUGCAAUACAAACCCCUAAACGUCAGAUCAGUCUUCAUCAUCGUCAAAUUCAGAAUCCUAUCGUCAUCGUUACAGUCCUCUGUGGUCGUAUCCCCGAACACCAGAUAGAGGCAGGAACUGUGUAAUCUCAAUGGGUAGAAAGAAGCCCGCAGCCCGGGACGACGAUAACCCUGUAACUCAAGGCGGGGGCAAAUCGAAGAAGAAAGGGCAUGUCAUUGACGAUGACGAAUACUCCAUUGGGAUUGAGUUGUCCGAAGAUCAACAAAAACCGGGUCCUGAGAAACAAAACCACGAAGAUGAUAUUAUGCCCAUUGCCGGGAAGAAGAAGGGAGAGAAGGGCAACUCCAAGGCGGCAAAGCCUAAAGAUGAAGAGGAAGAGAAAACUGUUGAAGAAGCGGAGGAGGACGAUGCUCCUGCUGUUGUGUUGACUGGUAAGAAGAAGUCGAAAUCAAAGAAAAGUGGUAACAGCAUCUUCAGUGCGUCUGCUUUUGAUGCCCUUGAGGAGCAGGAGGAUGAUAAGGAUGAUGAACCUCCCUCGAGGGCAGCUGCCAAGGAGGCACAUAGGCUCAAGGAGGAUGAUGGCAGGGAAGGGGAAGAGGAAGAGGAGGAGCCUGUAAUUAGCUUCACCGGCAAGAAGAAAUCUUUAAAAUCUUCGGAGAAGAAUAAUAUUUCAUUUACUGCUUCUGUUUUUGAUGCCAUUAUCGAUGAAGGAGAAGAGGAAGAGGAGGAGCCUGUGAUUAGCUUCACAGGUAAGAAGAAACCUUCAAAAUCUUCCAAGAAGAGUAGUAGUUCAUUCGCUACUUCUGCUUUUGAUGCCCUUCUCGAUGAAGGUGAUGGUCUUGAAAAUAAUGAAUCUGCACACCAAGGAACAGAUGAAAAUAAAACCGAGAAGGACAAUGAUACCAUAACUGUUUUUUCUGGUAAGAAGAAAAAACCUUCAAAAUCGUCCAAUAAGAGUAGUAGUUUGUUUACCACCUCCACUUUUGUUGGCCUUGCUGAUGAGGAUGAAACCAAUGAUGAAAAUAAAGAAGAGGAUGAAGAUGCUCCUGUCAUUACCUUUUCUGGUAAGAAGAAAUCUUCAAAAUCUUCCAAGAAGAGCAGUAGCUUGUUUGGUGCUGCACUUCUUGAUGAAGAGGAUGGAAAUGAUGUUUCUGCACCUGAGCCAGCAUUAAGCAUCAAGCCUGGUGAUGACACCAUUGGUGAAAGCACAAAGGAGAGUGAAGAUGCCCUGGCAAUUGCUUUCUCAGGCAAGAAAAAACCUUCAAAGUCUAAGAAGAAAAAUAGUCUAUUUACUGCCUCCAGUUUUGGCACUGGCCUUGAAGAUGAAGGAGCUGAACCUGAGCAACCUUCUGUAAAAAGCAGUAGUAAUGACGUUGGUGGAAACAAUGCAAUAGAUGCCAAAGUUAGUAAUCAGGGAGGUGAGGAUAUGGUGGAGACAGCUAAGAGCAAAAAGAAGAAGAAGAAGAGUGGAAGGACUGCUCAAGAGGAGGAUGACCUUGACAAAAUUCUUGCAGAACUUGGUGAAGGCCCUCCCCUUUCAAAACCUACUGCUCCUCUUCCACAGGAGGAAAAGGUUGUGGUUCAACCUGAACCAGUUGUCCAGGUUGAUGAUAAGGGUGAGGAGAAGGAAGCUGAAGUGGAAGCUGGAGAAUCUGCAGCUGCAAAGAAGAAGAAAAAGAAGAAAGAAAAGGAAAAAGAGAAGAAGGCGGCAGCAGCAGCUGCAGCUGCAUCUUCAGUGGAGGUGAAGGAUGAAAAACUGGAGGAAGUGAAGAGCAAAGUUUCUGACAAGAAGCUUCCAAAACAUGUUAGAGAAAUGCAGGAGGCACUGGCAAGACGUAAAGAAGCUGAAGAGAGGAAAAAACGAGAAGAAGAGGAGAGGCUGAGGAAGGAAGAAGAGGAACGACGGCGACAAGAGGAGCUUGAGAGGCUGGCUGAGGAGGCCAAACGGAGGAAAAAGGAGAGAGAGAAGGAGAAGCUUCUAAAGAAAAAACAGGAAGGCAAACUCUUAACAGGUAAGCAGAAGGAAGAAGCUCGCCGGUUGGAGGCAAUGAGGAAUCAAUUUCUUGCUCAGGGUGGUGCUAUGCUUCCCCCUGCAGAAACUGGUGGUGCACCAACAAAAAGGCCCAAGUAUCAGACAAAAAAGACAAAACCUAGUAUUACACAAGCAAAUGGUGUGGCUCCUGUAAAAGAUGUACAAAAGGUAGAGGUAAAGGAAAUCCAGCAGGAUGCUUUAGCUGAGGUGGAGUCACCAGAAGUUGAGAAGGUUGAAGAAGCAGAGUCAACUGUGACUCUGGAAGAAAAAGUUGAUCAUAUAGUUCAAGAGAACGGUAUUGAGGAUGAAGAUGAUGAUGAAGAUGAAUGGGAUGCAAAGAGUUGGGAUGAUGCUGAUGUGAAUUUGCCUGUUAAAAGUGCAUUUGCUGAGGAAGAUGCUGAACCUGAGCCUAUUGGGAAGAAAGAGACAAAGCGUGUUACACCAGUGACUUCUGGUGAAGUAGGAGCCCCUCCUCCAGCAGCCAAAACAGUGGUUGCUGUCAAGAAGACUGUUGCUCCCCAACCUAUGAAAACGAAAAGCAUUGAAAGCAAAGAGGAUCAACAUGAGGCUGAAGUUACAGCGAAGAAUGUAAAGAAGGAAGCACCAGCGAAAGGGAAAGUGCAGUCUAUGGAGGUUCCUUCAAACCGUAGUGCAGAUAACCUCCGCUCCCCAAUUUGUUGCAUUAUGGGCCAUGUUGACACUGGUAAAACUAAGGUCUUAGAUUGCAUACGUGGCACCAAUGUUCAGCAGGGUGAGGCUGGAGGAAUUACACAGCAGAUUGGAGCUACCUAUUUUCCAGCAGAGAAUAUUAGGCAGCGAACCAAGGAACUAAAAGCUGAUGCCACAUUGCGAGUCCCAGGUCUUCUCAUAAUUGAUACACCAGGACAUGAAUCAUUCGCAAACUUACGGUCACGGGGUUCAGGUUUAUGUGAUAUUGCAAUUUUAGUUGUUGACAUAAUGCACGGCUUAGAACCACAGACAAUAGAAUCCCUGAAUCUCUUAAAGAUGAGGAAUACAGAAUUCAUUGUUGCAUUGAAUAAGGUGGACAGAUUAUAUGGAUGGAAGACUUGUCCAAAUGCACCAAUUGUGAAGGCUAUGAAGCAACAAUCUAAUGAUGUACAAAACGAAUUUAAAAUGAGGCUUACUCAGAUUAUUACACAGUUCAAGGAGCAGGGCCUGAAUACAGAAUUGUACUACAAGAACAAGGAAAUGGGGGAAACUUUCAGUAUUGUUCCUACAAGUGCGAUCAGUGGGGAAGGUAUCCCAGAUCUUCUGUUGCUAUUGGUUCAGUGGACUCAGAAAACUAUGGUGGAAAAGCUUAUGUUUAGCAAUGAAGUGCAGUGUACAGUAUUGGAGGUUAAAGUUGUUGAAGGCCAUGGUACAACAAUUGAUGUGAUACUAGUCAAUGGAGUCCUUCAUGAGGGAGACCAAAUAGUUGUUUGUGGCAUGCAGGGCCCUAUUGUUACCACAAUUCGAUCUUUGAUGACCCCUCACCCAAUGAAAGAGAUCCGAGUAAAGGGAGACUUUUUGCAUCAUAAGGAGCUUAAGGCAGCACAGGGUAUCAAGAUAUCUGCACAGGGCCUUGAACAUGCAAUUGCAGGCACUGGUCUGUAUGUCAUAGGGCCUGACAAUGAUUUAGAAGACAUCAAAGAGGCAGCCAUGCAAGAUAUGAAGUCAGUUAUGAAUAGAAUUGACAAGAGCGGUGAGGGCGUUUGUGUACAAGCCUCCACUCUUGGGUCCUUGGAAGCAUUGUUGGAGUUCUUGAAGAGUCCAGCAGUGAACAUACCUGUCAGUGGAAUAAGCAUAGGCCCAGUACACAAGAGAGAUGUCAUGAGGGCCAGUGUCAUGCUUGAGCGGAAGAAGGAAUAUGCCACAAUCUUGGCAUUUGAUGUCAAAGUGACACCUGAGGCUCGUGAGCUUGCAGAUGAGACUGGAGUUAAGAUAUUUAUAGCUGACAUCAUUUAUCACUUGUUUGAUCAGUUCAAGGCUUACAUAGACAAUCUCAAGGAAGAAAAGAAGAAAGAAGCUGCGGAAGAAGCAGUAUUCCCAUGUGUUCUCAAGAUUAUUCCAAACUGCAUUUUUAACAAGAAGGAUCCAAUUGUCUUGGGGGUUGAUGUUCUUGAAGGCAUUGCAAGGGUCGGGACCCCAAUUUGUGUUCCUUCAAGAGAUUUUAUUGACAUUGGACGGAUUGCAUCCAUUGAAAUUAACCACAGACAGGUUGAUGUAGCCAAGAAAGGACAGAAGGUGGCCAUAAAGAUAGCUAGCACAAAUCCUGAGGAGCAGCAAAAAAUGUAUGGAAGGCACUUUGAGGAGGAUGAUGAGCUUGUUAGCCACAUCACAAGGAGGUCAAUUGAUGUACUAAAAGAUAAUUAUCGGGAAGAUCUCUCUCUUGAGGAGUGGAGGCUAGUCGUGAAGCUCAAGAACCUCUUCAGGAUACAGUAAUUUGUAUAGUUACGAUCUUAAACUGGAUGGCUGUGCCAGUGGAAGUACGACAACUCCAUAUAUGGCUCUCUGAUUCCAGGAAUGCGGGUUUUGAUGUAAAGGUUUUCAGAGUUUUUGGCUGGAAAAGAGUUGUUUGCUGCGAAUGCACUUUUACUGUUCCAGAUUCUGGCAUGCCGUGGCAACAAAUUUGUAGUGCAAAAAUGUUGCAGGGUGCGGUGUGAGUGUCACCCAUUUUGGAAGGAGGGUGUCGGUGCUAAUAUGGCUGGAAAUUGGCACAUUUAUUCCAUCUUCAACUGCUAAAUUAUUAUCUUCAAACUUGUGCUGUGGAAGCCUGAAAGGUGUGCGUAAGAUAUUAUUGAUCUAGGGUUGGCCUGUAAAAGUUGGGAAAUCGUGGUCGAGUUUUGAAAUUUACCUUUGAAGAUAUAUUUUUGUGUUUGCCUUUUCGAACUUCACACAAUUACUCGUGAAGGGGCAUGCUAGAUGCUACCAAAUUAUCUUAAUUGCAGGUUUGAGCGUGGGAAACGGUCAUUUUUCACUCAACAAGAGCUUUUAGAUCUCCCUUUUCAUGUCAUCACGCCUCAUGAGCAUUAAUAGCUUGUACUUUCGUCGUGACAUUUUCAGAACAAGGAUUUCGAGAUCUUUGGUUAAAAUGUCGGUUAGUCUGUUGUUUUUGGA